AUGACUGUCAGCACCCCUUACACGCCACUCCAUGGGUAUAGGUUGAGACAGAUUCACCAUAAGGCCGGCGGAUCUAAACAUCAAUUGCACGAGACGUUCGUUUGCGGUGAGGGAACGGUAUGGGAUCAGUCGUCCUUUGUCUGCAGAUGUUUGUUUAAGGCUGUGUAUUUACUGUCUGUCCUCUUGCUAACAAAUAUACGGCACGAUAACGAUGCCAUACCGUGUUCAGCAUCGCCGGAGUUUUUCUACCUAAAUGAGCGCAUUGGUAACGCUACGGCCGACUUUUUGGGCCCGGCUGAUAUUGAAAAGGCUAAAAACGCCCGACCAGACUACCGGGCCCGAGCCAGGGCCAGGGCUAGAGCGCGGGCAGCCCGGGCUUAAUAUAUAUGUUUAUUUAAAGUAAAUGUACCAGUUU